UGAAGAUGGCGGACGAGGCGGCGCUCGCCCUUCAGCCCGGCGGCGGCGCGGCGCCCUCGGCCGCGCUGGAGGAGGCGGCGGCGGCGGCGGCGUUGGCGGCGGCGGAGGAGCGGGAGGCCGAGGCCGGGGAGCCGCUGCGUAAGCGGGCGCGGAGGGACGGCGCGGGGCCGGGGCUGGGCCUGGGCUUCCACCUCGGCCGGAGCCGGAGCCCGGCGGCGGCGGCGGCGGCGGCGGCGGCGACGACGGCGACGACGGCGGCGCAGCAGCAGCGCGAGCGUCGCGAGGCCCCGGAUGUGGCGGCGGCUGCGCAUGCGCGGGCCCGGGCCCAGGCCCAGGCCCAGGCCCAGGACGAGGACGAGGACGAGGCCGGAGCCGACCCCGACCCCGACCCCGGGCCCAGCCCGCAGGGGCCCUCUCGGGGCGGCCGGGACGCGGACGCGGAGGCGAUCGGGUACCGAGAUGACCUUCUGUUUGGUGAUGAGAUAGUCACCAAUGGCUUUCAUUCCUGUGAAAGUGAUGAAGAUGAUAGAGCCUCCCAUGCCAGCUCUAGUGACUGGACGCCCAGGCCACGGAUAGGUCCGUAUGCCUUUGUUCAGCAGCACCUCAUGAUCGGCACCGACCCUCGGACGAUUCUGAAAGACUUACUGCCGGAAACCAUCCCUCCACCUGAAUUGGAUGACAUGACGCUGUGGCAGAUUGUGAUCAAUAUACUUUCAGAGCCACCAAAAAGGAAAAAAAGGAAAGAUAUUAACACCAUUGAAGAUGCUGUGAAAUUACUGCAAGAGUGCAAAAAAAUAAUCGUUCUAACUGGAGCUGGGGUGUCUGUAUCUUGCGGGAUCCCCGACUUCAGGUCCAGAGGUGGCAUUUACGCGCGCCUUGCCGUGGACUUCCCCGACCUUCCGGAUCCUCAAGCGAUGUUUGAUAUUGAGUAUUUCAGGAAAGACCCAAGACCCUUCUUCAAAUUCGCAAAGGAAAUAUAUCCUGGACAGUUUCAACCAUCUCUGUGCCACAAAUUCAUAGCCUUGUCGGAUAAGGAAGGAAAACUUCUUCGCAACUAUACGCAGAACAUAGACACACUGGAACAGGUUGCAGGAAUCCAGAGGAUAAUUCAGUGCCAUGGGUCCUUUGCCACAGCAUCUUGCCUGAUUUGUAAGUACAAAGUGGACUGUGAAGCCGUUCGUGGAGAUAUUUUCAACCAGGUGGUUCCCCGCUGUCCUCGAUGCCCCGCUGACGAGCCGCUGGCCAUCAUGAAACCGGAAAUUGUCUUUUUCGGUGAAAAUCUACCCGAACAGUUCCACAGAGCCAUGAAAUACGACAAAGACGAAGUUGAUCUCCUCAUUGUUAUUGGGUCUUCCCUGAAAGUGAGACCAGUAGCGCUGAUUCCGAGUUCCAUACCCCACGAAGUGCCUCAGAUCUUGAUCAAUCGGGAGCCUUUGCCUCAUCUGCAUUUUGACGUGGAGCUGCUUGGAGACUGUGAUGUCAUCAUUAAUGAAUUGUGUCAUCGGUUGGGGGGCGAAUACGCCAAAUUGUGCUGCAACCCCGUGAAGCUUUCAGAAAUUACUGAAAAGCCUCCACGACCACAAAGAGAUUUGACUCACUUGUCAGAGUUACCACCCACUCCUCUUAAUCUUUCUGAGGAGUCCACGUCACCAGAAAGAACUGUCCUACCGGAUCCGGCCGUCAUCGGUGCCAUUUUAGACCAAGCAAUAAGGAGCAGUAUGGAAGAGCUGACUGCGUCGGUCUCAAAGGGGGUCGUGGAAGAGAAGCCUCAGGCUGUACAGACUUCUGCUCGGAGCUCCGAGACAGUGAGCGAGCAGUUGGAGGGCCCCGAGAUGAAGAAUGUCGGCCCCAGUACCGUGGAGAAAAACGAAAGGACUGCUGUUGCUGAGACAGUGAGAAAGUGCUGGCCCGCCAGGUUGGCGAAGGAGCAGAUCAGCAAGCGGCUUGAUGGUAAUCAGUACCUGUUCUUGCCACCGAACCGGUACAUCUUCCACGGUGCCGAGGUCUAUUCAGACUCGGAGGACGACGCGCUGUCCUCCAGCUCUUGCGGCAGCAACAGCGAGAGCGGCACCUACCAGAGUCCGAGCCUGGGAGAGCCCCUGGAAGACGAGAGCGAGAUCGAGGAGUUUUACAACGGCUUGGAGGACGACGUCGAAGUCGAGGCCGACGAGAGAGCCGGGGACAACGGACUGGAGGCUGACGGGGCCGAUCACGAGGCUGAUCACGAGGCUGUUCACGAGGCGACGCCCGUGCAAGAGGCACCGACAGACAUAAACUAUCCAGCAGAUAAAUCCUAAUGUGAUUGUUGUCGGGUACAGGAAUUGCUCCACCAGCAUUAGGACCUUGAGCAUGUCAAAACGAAUGUUUACUCGCGAACUCGAUAGAACAAGGAAACCUGAAAGGUGUGAUAUUUAUAAACUGGCGAAAUAAUUUUAAUUUUUAACUUCAUUUCUGUACUUGUACACACAACACUAACUUUUUUUUUAAGACAACAAAGGUACUAAGUAUCUUUUAAUCAGCUGUUGGUUAAAGAUUUUUCUUUUAAAGCUUCAUUGUAUGAUACAUCAAUAUGUAAAUAUAUAUUUUUUGCUUAGUGAGUUCCACCGUUUUAAAGUUAUCCAAAAGCCAUGGGAAUGUUAAGUUAAUGGAAAGGGAACAGCUUAUCUAGACCAAAGAAUGGUAUUUUCACACUUUCCUUUGUAACAUGAAUGGUUUGAAAUCCUCAGAGCUCUGCUCUGCUAACCUUGUGCUUCAUUGUUCGCAUAACGACUUAUUUUGAAACACUGGCAUUUUCCAAAACUUGUGGCAGCUAACUUUCUAAAAACCUGACGUGCAAUGUGAGUGGAAGGAAGUCAGCGUGUGGGGAGCCCUCGGUCGCGGCUCGAGUGAGCCUCGGUGCCGAGCGUUUGAGGCACGCUGUACUGUCGGGUGGUGGCUUUUGUACUUCCUGUGGACAGAUGGGAAUGUCUCUCUCGGCUCAUAAAACCAGACUGCAAAACAAAUAAAUGCUUCGGAAUGUUUGGAUGGCUUUAGAGAACAAUAGUGCCUGCUCAGAUCCCCUUAGCUUUGAGAGUAUUUUCCUUCCAUUGUUUUAAUAAUACCUGUCACUGUGGUAGAGCUUGCGUUGGUCCUUCCCACGAGUAUGAAACUGCCAAGAUGCGAAGAUGCAAAGUCUACGGAGCUAAGCUAAAGGUACUUCAGCUGGGAGAGUGAGUGUGAUGUUUUGCACUGUUGCUUUCUUUCCUUCCCUUAACGACCGGGCAACAGCUCCUGAUUAUGGUUCCAAAGUGAGGAGGAGUUCACCCUACCUCAGCCAGAAGUGCAUCUCCUGUGGGGAAGAGGUGGAGGAAUAAAUGCCAAACUCCUAGCUUAGUGUUACGGAGAUGAAGAAUAGUUAAUGGAUGAAACGAAUCCCUGUGAGGAACGUGUCUUUAUUUAAAAGCUUAGCCUGCCUUAAAACUCAGUUGACUUGCUCAGCUCCAGAAGCUUCUAGCCUCUCAAAAAGUUCACGGAAAGUGCACAGUAGGCAGUUUUACUUUCCAGACCUUUCUCCAUAUCACUACCAGAUGACAAAGUAUUUUCACGUCGCUUUAGUUAUUUAUUACAGCUCCAAAAAGGUUUGAAAUCCGGCUGUUCUUGAAGCAUGAACGCGACCUGGGACUGUUGUGACUACCAGAAGAGACAGGUUUCAGCGAAAGGCCAUUUCCUACCUUCGAUAUCUCGACUUCAUCUGAAUUUUAUCUGGCUAUUCUACAGAGAACGCAGUGCAUUUAGCUUUCUGUUUGCAUGAUGUGUGUAUGUGCUAUAGAUGAUAUUUUAAAUCGAAAACUUUGUUUUAAAUUAUUUUUACAGUGAAGACUGUUUUCAGCUCUUUUUAUAUUGUACAUAGUCUUUUAUGUAAUCUACCGGCAUAUGUUUUGUAGACUGUUUGAUGACUGGAUCUCUUCCUCCAACUUUUGAAAUACAAAACCAGUGUUUUAUACUUGUACACUGUUUUCAAAGUCUAUUAAAAUUGUCAUUUGACUUUUUCCUGUUA